AAUAAAGAAGCGGACAGACAAAUAAAAACCUAAAAACCCCAAAACAUAUUUUGAAAAAUGUGUUAUCUGUUGAACCGCGAGAUUUUUCUUUUGUAGAUUUCGCAGUGUCCGCCAAACUCUCACACUUUUGAUUUGUUUUGUUUUCAGUCUGAGAUUUCAUUUUGCUUCUACGUCGAUUUCUUUUGCUUUUGGAUUCUAAGAAAAUCUUCGAAGGUUUCAUCUUUGUACGGUUGAAGCAAAGAAGUAGCUCAAGUAGAAGAAACAGUUGGAGUAAUGGGUUUGAAUCUGAAUCCAGUUUUGCGACAAGAAUUGGCUAAUCUUGACAAAGACACAGAGAGUCGUAAAUCAGCAAUGAAAGCUCUUAAGUCUUAUGUGAAGGACUUGGAUUCAAAGGCCAUUUCUGGUUUUCUAGCACAAGUCUUUGAGACUAAAGAAACUAACUCUUUGUCUGGUGAAUACACCAUUUCGCUCUAUGAGAUACUUGCUCGUGUUCAUGGACCCAACAUUGUUCCCCAGAUUGAUACAAUCAUGUCCACCAUUGUCAAGACUUUGGCUUCUAGUGCUGGUUCUUUCCCUCUUCAACAAGCUUGUUCUAAAGUUAUUCCGGCAAUUGCUCGAUACGGGAUUGAUCCGACAACCAAAGAAGAUAAGAAACAACUUAUAAUCCACUCCUUGUGUAAGCCUCUUACGGAUUCUCUAUUGGGUUCUCAGGAGAGCCUCACUUCAGGGUCUGCUCUGUGUCUUAAGGCUCUUGUGGAUUGUGACAACUGGCGAUUUGCUUCGGACGAGAUGGUGAACAGGGUUUGCCAAAACGUUGUAGUUGCAUUGGACUCAAACUCCAACCAAACACAUGUUCAGAUGGGUCUGGUUAUGUCACUUGCCAAACAUAAUCCUUUGAUCGUUGAAGCCUAUGCAAGGUUGUUGAUACACACAGGAUUGCGAAUUCUGAGUUUCGGGGUUUCUGAAGGAAACUCACAGAAGCGGUUAUCAGCAGUCCAAAUGUUGAACUUCCUAAUGAAGUGCUUGGACCCGAGAAGCAUAUACUCCGAAGUUGAGUUGAUAAUCAAAGAAAUGGAGAGGUGCCAAUCUGACCAAAUGGCUUACGUCAGAGGAGCUGCUUAUGAAGCAAUGAUGACUUCAAAAAGAAUAGCUGGAGAGCUCGAGUCCAAGAUGGACAAUGGUUGUCGUUCUGCUACCGGUUCGAACUUCGGUCGAAGACACUGUCCGUCCAAUGUCAACGGUCAUUUUCCUGAUGACUCCUUAUCACCUGAAUCACAAACUGUAGGUUCGUUCAGCGGAUAUGAUUCUCCGGUUGAGUCCUCGCCUAUUUCUCAUACUUCUUGUAACUCUGAAUAUGAUCGGCGGAGUGUGAAUCGCAAGCUUUGGAGGCCUAAUCAGAAUGGAGGAGGGGUUGAUAUCUCUUUGAAGGAUGGUCUUUUCUCCGGUUUAACUAAAGGAAACACCACUGUCUCUGAUUCACCUCUUGUACCGUAUGAUACUUGUGAAAAUGGAGAUGAAUUUGAAGGGUUUCCAAUGCAAAGUUUGAGAAACAACCAGCUGCAAAACACCACUUCUAGUCCUCAGAGACAGCUUCCACCACGCAUCAAUGCUGAAUAUUUCAACAUCUUCACCACUCCAAGGAAGCUCAUCAGUUCUCUUCAAUAUUUUGAUGAUGUUGACUUAGAUCAUUCAGACAUCCAAAGUCCAACAUUGGGAAGUGAGAUCAGAGAGAAAACCAUAGAAUCUAGCAAGACUCCUAAACUUAGAAGGCGAUUUCCAACCGCGGAAACAAUGUCAUCAACUGGCACAUUUAGUGAAGACACACCUCAAACUCAUAUGAUAACAGGUAGUAAAAAGAAUAUGAGCUAUGCCAAAUUUGUUAUUGUCAUAUCUUUUGUUGUUGUGGCUCUCUUUACAACCGUGGUCUUUAUGGUGAAUCAAGAUGAUGAUGUUGGUUACUACACUGUUCCCACAUGAUUUACCUCUGUUUACUUUAAUCCUAGUGUAGUUUACUUAUCAACGUGUUGGUUGUUUGUUAUGAACUCUGUACAAGAUUUUGAAUAUUCUUCUACUUGUUCUCA